AUCAUCCCUCUGUCUUUCUCCCCACUCUACCUAUCAUCUCUCUCUCUCUCUCCACUCCGCUUACCAUCUCUCCCUUUCUCUCUCUCUCUCUUCACUCUACCUAUCAUCUAUCUAUUCUACCUAUUAUUUCCCUCUCUCUCCCUCACUUUCUCUUCCUCCCGCUCUAUCUCCCCACCUAUCAUCUCUCUCUUCUCUUCUUCCUUCUGUUUAUCUAUUUUAGCCACAACUCAACAUCUUUCCAUUGCACACCGGCUUUCUCAUUUACACCGUGAAUGAUGCCUGAUUUAUCUUAGACGAGUUAUUUGAUUAAUCAUUAUUGUUAAACCGUGUGUAUAUGUAUAAGCCGCAAUUAUCUUAUUAAGACACUAAUAAUUUAAAAAGUAGACUUUUAUCGGAUCUCUUUGUGUGGAGCAGCUAUGGCGAAUAAGGAAUUCCUUCCCCCAUCUCAUUUAAAAGGUUCAGCUCACGUCAGCAGCAUGGCCCAAUACAAACAAAUGUAUGAACAAUCCAUUUCUGACCCGGAAUCCUUCUGGAGAGAAAUUGCCAAAGAUUUACACUGGGAAUCUCAGCCAAGUGGUAAAUUUCUCGAUUAUAACUUUGAUCACACGUCAGGGCCGAUCUUCAUCAAGUGGAUGCAAGGUGCUAAGACAAACGUCGCUUAUAAUGUCUUGGACCGUCACAUUCAAAAUGGAAAGGGCGAUAAAAUUGCGUUUUAUUGGGAAGGUAAUGACGUUAUGGAUGAGAAAAAAAUUACUUUUUCUGAACUGAAGACUGAAGUAUGCAGAUUUGCCAAUGUCUUGAAAGACUUCGGGGUCCAGAAAGGUGACAGGGUGUCUUUAUAUAUGCCGAUGAUUCUUGAACUGGUCGUUGCAAUGUUAGCUUGCGCUCGGCUCGGAGUUAUUCAUUCAAUUGUGUUUGCUGGAUUUUCCGCUGAGGCAUUAACAAAUAGAAUCCUUGAUACCAAGUGCUGUGCAAUUGUAACUGCAGAUGGUAUGUGGAGAGGAACGAAAUUAAUAAACUUGAAGAAUAUUGCUGAUGAGGCCAUCAAACGUUGCAAGGAAAAUGGCUACAAUAUUGAUCAUUGCAUCGUUGUGCGUCACCUGAGUCCUAAUCCGAAUGAGUUGAGGAACGGAAGCAGUUGCACUCAGCAAAUUCCUGCGAAACGGCCGUGUUAUGAUCUGAAAAUUAAUUGGGACAGUAGUCGUGACAAAUGGUGGCAUGACUUAUUGUCAACCAAAACUGAUGAAGAAUCAAAGAAAUGUCCCCCAGUCUGGUGUGAUGCUGAAGAUCCUCUUUUUAUGUUAUACACAAGUGGAUCUACUGGAAAACCAAAAGGUGUCCUCCAUACAACCGGUGGCUACAUGUUAUACGCUUACACUACAUUCAAGUAUGUCUUUGACUAUCAUGACGACGAUGUGUUCUGGUGUACUGCUGAUAUUGGCUGGAUCACAGGCCAUAGUUAUGUCUGCUAUGGACCCUUGGUUAAUGGAUCAACAAGUGUGAUUUUUGAAGGAGUCCCAUAUUAUCCAACUGCUGGACGUUUCUGGGAGAUUGUGGAAAAAUAUAAAGUUACCAAAUUCUACACUGCUCCCACUGCUAUUAGAUGUCUGAUGAAAUAUGGAGAUGAGUUUGUUAAUAAUCAUGAUGUGAGUUCCCUGAAGGUUCUGGGUAGUGUUGGUGAACCUAUCAAUCCUGAGGCUUGGUUGUGGUACCACAAUGUGGUUGGCAAAGGAAAAUGUGCUGUUGUUGACACUUUCUGGCAAACUGAAACGGGUGGCCAUGUGCUAACUCCUUUACCUGGGGCAACUCCUACAAAGCCAGGAUCUGCUACUUUCCCAUUCUUUGGAGUUCGCCCUGCAAUUUUAACUGCUGAAGGGAAGGAAGUAAAAGGACCAGUUGAAGAAGGCUAUUUAGUUUUUAAACAACCAUGGCCUGGUAUGAUGAGAACAGUUUAUGGCAACCACGAAAGGUUUGAAACGACAUAUUUCAAGAAGUUUCCCGGAUUUUAUUGUACAGGAGACGGUGCACGUCGUGAUGAAGACGAUUACAUCUGGAUCACUGGUCGAAUUGAUGACAUGGUCAAUGUCUCUGGGCAUUUGAUAAGCACCGCAGAAGUGGAAGCUGCCAUUGCCGAACACAGUGCCGUUGCUGAAGCAGCUGUUGUGUCUCAUCCUCAUUCUGUGAAGGGUGAAUGUACCUAUGGUUUUGUCAUCCUGAAUGAUGGAUUUGAAUUGACUGAGAAAUUAAUCACCGAACUGAAAUGCAAAGUUCGUACCAAAAUAGGACCGUUUGCCCAACCGGAUUAUAUCCAAUAUGCUCCUGGCUUGCCUAAAACUCGAUCUGGAAAGAUUAUGCGGAGAAUUCUUCGUAAAAUUGCUGUUGGAGACACAGAUUUUGGUGAUAUAAGUACUCUUGCUGAUGAAUCUGUCUUAGAAUUGAUUUUGAAGCAUAGACCCCAAACUAUAAAAGCCUAAAAAUGUUGAAGAACUUUUCACCUUAAACGUUCUUUGGAAAUUUAAAGUGAAAUUGAAAAUUUUGGACCAAUUCUAGAAAUUGUUUUUUUUUUUUUUUUUUUUUUUUUUUUUUUUUUGAUAAUCAUAGUCCAUAUCGUUAUUCUAAUCAUAGUUGGUAUUUCAGAUUUAAUUGUUUUGUAAUAUGUAAGACUAAUGAAUGAAUUUGUUUUCUGAGUGAAAUAUUUCAACUUAUGAAAAAAAAAAGUUCUUUUUGAUAAGAUUAGUUUGCUAGAAUUUGGUACUUUGAAGGAUUCUAAAAAAAAAAAAAAAUGUUUAUUCUAUUAGGAAUUUGUUCAAGUGAAAUGUUUGCAACAAGAUCAGUGUGUAUUACCAUUCAUACUCUCUUCGUACGGCUCACAAUGAUCAAAUAUUGUAUUUGUUUAAUUUACUCUCUCUCUCAACCACUUUAUAAAUUAUUGGCCAGAAAGGAACUUCCACUAGAAGUAAGGUUUCUAUUUAUCAAUGAUGAUGAAUUGGUCACUAUUAUGUUUUUUUCUUUCUUUAAAUUAACUUUUGGAAAGGAGAAAAUGAGAAUAGUUAUGUUCUGGUAAAAAUCACGUCUCUGAUGAAAAUGCUGAUGAAUUGUGUUGGCAAAAAAAAUUCAUCCACAGAAGAGUUUGUUGAAGAAUUCAGUAUGUUUAUUUGUCCUGAGGAGUGAAAGAACCUAAUGUUUUAAGCACUUGCUCUCCUUCUGAAACAGAAAAUAUAUAGCAGUUGUUACCAUGGUUACAAAAUGGUGAAUGACUCUCUUUCGCUCCUUGUUAAAAACCAAACUCUUCUAUGAACUCUCUGAAGGAGAUUUUGCAUUUUUUUCUUGUAAUUAUAAUACUUCUUUUUCUACUGUUUGGUGCUCUGUUUUGUUAGCAUCAUUGGCAAUAAAAACAAACAAGAUUCUGAUAAAAAGUUUCCAUUACAUUGAGAUUAUUUUGGUUAAGAGAGAUGAGAGUUAGUAAGUGAUAGUAAAAAUUUGUUGUGUUAAAGAAUUUUUGAAGAAUUUAUUAGCCAGAAUCCAAAGGGCCUCAUACUUGCUUCAUUGUAGUGGAAGUUCUUGAUGCUAAAACUUCUCUGUAUUAUAAUAUUGUUUGGUAAUCUCAAUUCCUAAAGCAAUAAUUUUCCAUAACAGUAGUUCAUCGUUCAUGAUUUCUUCACAAAAACAAAACAACAUUCCAAUUUUAUUUGACUUCCAAAAUAAUAUUAUGAUACUCAUCAAUCUUUAGUAUUUAAUCUUUUAAUCAUAUUUUCAAGUUGUUGUGAAAACCAUUUACAGCAUUAAAUUUCAUGUGAUUCAUAAAUUCUCUGCAAAUAUCUGUGGCAGAUUAAAAUAUUAUCUUGAUAAAAUAGUGAGUUUGAUCUCUUCCUGAAGUAAUAAUAUUGUCACAAGUGUCUGACUUUUUUUCUAAAAUACUUAUAUAUAUAUAUCCUGGAAUAUAUUUCUGAAAUAUAUAUGCAUAAAAUAGGCACUAAACAUACAAUUUGAUAUUGAGUAUAAAAGCAAUAAAUUUAAAACAAUGCCUUACACGGAUACCAUAUAUUUAGUGCAGUUUCUUGAACAGGAAACGUGGUAUUUUGUUGUAUCUGAUCAAUCAUUUUAAUUCCAAAAGCAAUAAGACAAUUUACAUGGGAAAAUAAAUUUCAAAACAUUGUUAUAAUUUUGAUAUUUGGUGAUUAUUAUCAAGGCAGCGAACUGGCAGGAUGGUGAGCGAAAUGCAUAGUGGCAUUUCACCUGUCUUUACAUUCUGAGUUCAAAUUCUGCCAAGGUCAACUUUGCCUUUCAAUAAAAUAAGUACCAGUUGUAUACUGGGGUUGAUGUAAUUAAUCCCUCCCCCCGAAAUUGCUGGCCUUAUGUCAAAAUUUCAAACUCUAUUAUUUGAUAAUUACUUAUUGAAAGUUUAAAGUAUACAAUCCAUAUUUGACUUCUAAUUUUCUGAAUUUGUUGCUCAUUAUAACUUUUGUUAUGAACUAAAUACAAAAAAACAAAACAAAACCAAAACAAAUUGUUAUAAACUGAAUUUUUAAAAAACUGUUAAAUUAGAUUUAUGCCUAUUUGUAUUAUUUUGAAUGCAUUAGAUUAUCAACAUGUAGUUAUAUUCCAUGUUUACAACAUUAAAUUAUAAAAUGGUGAAUUAAAUUUUCGGAUAUUUUUGUGUCAAUGUAUUUAGAUAUUUUCUCAGACAAAUCUAGUAUUUUUUUAGAAUUUUAGUUUUGUUGCCAAGACAUUAUGAAGGUUUUUCCAAGGGAAUUUUCAACAUUAUCUUUUCAACAUGUGCUUUCUUGUUAUUUCGAUAUCAUACAUUUCUUGUUAAAUUAUUACUGUUAAUAUCUUGUGGGAGGUUGCUUGUGUUUUCAGGUUUGUAGAAAUGUUGGAAUAAUAAAUUAUGACUGGAAAAAAGAAAAAA